UCACAUGCUAACCGUGGGAGACCGCAUUUCCCAUGAAGCACUGCGCGGGUGAAGUCCAUGUGCAGCAGUGUGUGCGCCUGCAUGGCAGAGACAGGAGCAUGGCGGGGAGCGUGCAUUCGAGGACACAUUAAAAACUCCGACUGAACUCGAGUUUAAUGCUGUGAGAGGUUGGAAAUUCGAACAGAUGAUGCAGCGUGUAAUGCAUCACGCAGCCAUCCCGCUGCGCUCGUUGUGCCUGGACCUCAACAUGAGAGACCUGAGUUUUGGUGCACAGAACCUUCAUGUAAACCGCUUCUCUAUACGCCUCUUCAGCUCCUCCAGCAACACCAGGAACUCUGAGUCCCACAAGACACGUCCUGAAGUUCAAACAGCUGCACAGAAGCAUGAAAAAAGCCAGGAAGAGUCAGGAGCCUCCCCAAUGUCUAACAAAGACCUAGAUCCACUGCAGGACAAAUCGAUUGGGCUCUAUCAGAGGUUUAAGAAGAUGUUUAAACAGUAUGGCAAAGUUAUGGUUCCGGUGCAUCUCGUCACUUCCACUGUGUGGUUUGGUUCAUUUUAUUAUGCUGCAAUGAAAGGGGUGAACCUGGUGCCAUUUCUGGAGUACAUCGGCUUACCAGACAAGAUUGUGUAUAUUCUGCGAGACUCUCAGGGUGGAUAUGCACUAACGGCCUACGCAAUGUAUAAGCUUGCUACGCCAGCCAGGUACACGGUGACGCUCGGAGCCACAUCUCUGUCAGUGCAAUACCUCCGUAAACAUGGCUACUUCUCCACCCCUCCUCCGGUCAAGGAGUACCUACAGGACAAAAUGGAAGAGACCAGAGAACGACUGUCUGAGAAGAUGGAGGAGACGAAAGAACGAUUUACAGAGAAAAUGGAGGAAACUAAAGGCCGCUUUUCUGGGCGCAUGGGAGAGACGAAAGAGCGUUUUGCUGAAAAAAUGGAGGAGACGAAAGACAAGCUGGCUGAGAAGCUGCAGGAGACCAAAGACAAAGUCUCUUUACGGAAGAAAACGGAUUAACAAAAAAAACAAACAAAAAAAUAACGAUGAAAUUCUACUAAUCAGUUCCAAACAGUAAAUGUGUUGUGAUGCGUCUCCAAUGCUCUGUCUUGCUGCAAAUUGAAAUGAACCAAUAGGCCUGAAUUCUCAUUUAUUUUUAAGGUUAUUCAGUAAAAUCGAGAAAUCUGAA